AUGAGAAAAGUAGAGUCAUUCAAAUACAUUGAAGAUGACAACAACCAGAAAUAGAUAGCAUAGAGUCAAGUGGAUAACAAUCACCAUCAUCCAAAUGUGCAUGAAACACCAGAAAAAUUCAAGAACUCAAGUUUUGACAGAGGUUACAAAUAACGAUAGGGUUCUUUUGAAUAAUUUAAUCGAAUUCAAUUUCACGAGGAAACAUUCCCAUAGGACACCAAUUAUGAGAGGAAUUUUGAUAAUUCAAAAAUGUCUGAAUAUUCACUCCAAAGCAUCGAAAGAGAUGAUAUGGUUGAAGACAGAGUUAAUAAUCACACACUUCAUAAAUCAAUCCAUGUCUAUUCCAAAUUUAUAUCUUCAGCCUCCCAUCAACUCAAUAUGCAAUAAAAACCAGAGCCAGAUCCUGAAAAACCAGGAAUUGCUAUGGAUCUUCUAAAUGCAUUAGAUCACUAAUAAGAGGUAGAACCUGAACAUUUUAAUGAUAUCGAAUACGAGAAAAUCACACGUAGGCAUAAAAAACUAAUACAAAGGAACACCAUGAAAGACCCAUACUAUGUUAGAUUGGUGAAAUUAUCGGAUCUUCAAAGAUUAAAUUAUGAGUUGCAAAAAUAUAAUGACAAUUUACUAUUCUUAAAUCUCCGAAAGAGCUUUAUAUAUCUCAUAUACAGUAUUCCAAUUAUGGCAAGAAAAAUAGUUAACAAUUUUUUAUUUAAAAUUUUGAUGACUUUCCUCAUCUUAUUUAAUGUGGUAUUGUAUAUUGUUGUAAAAACAAACGGAAGAACAGAUACUGAUAACAUAGAGGAAGUAGUUAUGAUACUAUUUAUUUCUGAAAUAGGCUUAAGAAUUAUAGCAAGUGGAGUGUUUUUUAAUGAUUAUGCAUUUUUUAGAAAUAUGGAAAACAUCUAUGAUUUUGUACUGAUAUUCUUCACUGCCAUGAAUCUUUACUACCCUGAAGUCAUCAUUAUCGAUAUAUCACCUCUAAGAUUGGUAACAUUAUUGAUGUAUCUUACAAAUAUAUUCCAGGGAUUGAAUGUAAUGAUGACUGCCCUGAAAUAAUCAUUUAGAUACUUGGUCGAAGCAUUGAUGAUAGUGAUACUAUUUUCAUUGAUAUUUGCAUCAAUGGGUAUAUUUCUAUUCCAAGGUUUGUUCAAUUACAGAUGCCAAUAUGAGAAUGGCGAUGAAACUGAAGGUUGGAUAUAAUGCAAUUAAGGUCAGUGUCCCUCCGAUAUGCAUUGUAUGUAUAGCGAUUACACUCCCAAAAUGCCAACAUCUUUCAAUAAUUUGAUUGGUUCUUUAGGAUAAAUUCUACGGACCAUUACUAUGGAUGAUUGGAGUUGGGUGAUGUUUUUUACAAUGAGGAUAUUUCAUCCCUGGGUUUGGCUCUAUUAUUUGUUGAUAAUCUUUAUUGGAGGGUUCUUUGGAUUCAACAUAGUUAUUGCAGUGUUGAAGGUUCAUUAUUCAGAGGCAACGGAAGAAAAUAAGAAAAGAGAAGAGGUGAAGGAAAUUUAGAAGAGAUUGAAGGAGGAAGAGGAAUAUCCAGAGAGAAAUUUAAUAGAAAUACUGGAUGUUGCACAUUUGAGAGAAAUUGGUAUCUAUAAGGUGAUCAAGAAAUACAGAGCCAAUUUAAAUGAAGCAUCCUUUGUCAAAUAUUCUAUUGAAGACCCUUCUAGCUUUAAGAAGUCAUAUCAAACUGAAAGAACGUUGUCAGCCAAAUAAAAACAAAUGGAAAGUGGCAUCGUUAAGUUACCUUUUAUUGAAUAUAUAACCAGUUUCACUUGGAAGAGAUUCCUACUACCAAAAUUUGAUUUCUUAGAUGCUUUAACUAAGAAAAUCAAAAUAAUCAAUUAUACUGAUAAUGAAUUUAAUAUGAAGGUUAUUGAAAGGUUAAAAACCAUAAAAUUUUCCAGAUUAUAACCCUAAGUGAAUAAGGAUGUCAAGCAGAAUUUUAGUUCUUAGAAUGAAGUCUUACUGAGAUUUAUUGAUUAAUAGGAUUUAAUUCAAAAGGAAAAGCAUUUUAAUCUAGAAAAGAUAAGAUCCACAAAAUUCAAGAUGGUUUAUCAUCAGGUGAAAAUUGAAAAGGAAAAACUGUAUGGCAAGACUCAAUUUGCAAGGUCAAGUUUUCCUACAAAGAGCAAGGCCUCAUCUCCCUUUCUAAGCAUCUAUCAAAAGAAAGCUGAGUAGAGCACAGAUUCAAUUAUUAAUUUUGAGAAGGUUGAGCAGAAAUUGUUUAAUAAAAUGAAAGCCUCUUAGAUUAUAGAAACGUAAUAUAAAGAAUUCUCCAUUUUCAAAAAUGGAUAACCUUGUAUAUUUGUAUAGGGAUAUUACUUAAAUUACAAAAGAGUUAAAGAAAAAAUUAAUUAAAAAAUCCCCUUAGUAGUUCACGAUCAGGUGUCAAACAAAUUCAAAUAUUAAGGUAUGAGAAUGAAGGAGUACUAAAACCACAAAACUAUUACCAAACAUAAUUGGUCUGGUAAAGAUGUACUUGAAAUCAAUAAAAAGAGAUUGCUGUAUUUUCAUAUAGUUUUAUCAUUGCUUAACAAAGUAGACAUAAUUAUUUGGAUUAAUGGAGUAAAAGGACUGUAUAUAAUGUCAUAAAAAUAUGCAUACAUAAUAGCUACUAGCAGAUUUAGUUAAUUCUUUUUUGAUUUAGUAAUUCUUAACAAUUUUACAUUUCUAUCACUCUAAGGAAUUGUUGAUAUCAAUAUAAUAUCAACAGUGGAAGAUAUCUCGACGAUAUUUUUAUGCUUUGAACUGGUGAUGAGAUUUUUGGGUUUUAGAUUCAAAGAUCUUUUAAGGUCUCCUGAUUUAAUAUUAUAAUCUGUUAUUGUGAUCAUCAACUUUUUUGAAUUGACUAUCAGUGAUUAUAUGACAACUUAUUUAAGUGAGUAGAAUUUGAGAUUGAUUAGAGGCACCAAAUGUUUGCUGUUCUAUAGAUGUCUUAAAUAUAACAAGAUGGCAAUCACAAUUGGUCAUAUUGCUUCUAUGACAUUCGAUUAAUACAUCUAUUUGGCUUUCCUCAUGUUUUUAGUGAUAUUCAUGUAUGCUCUGACUGGAAUGGAAAUGUAUGUAGGGGAAUUCGAUUAAAAUGAUUCCCUUGGAUAAUUACAUUCUUAUGAGAAUAUCUUUAAAUCCUUUAUGACAAUCUUCAAUAUUAUGACAAAUGAUGAUUGGUAUGGUGUUUACGUAAUUGGAAGUGACAUUGAUUUUACAUUCUCCAUCAUCUACUCAUUUUCUAUGGUUCUAAUUUUAAAUUAUCUAACUUAUGGUUUGGUUAUGGCCGUCUUAUUGGAUGGAUUUGGAAAGUAUUUAGAUCAACCGGUGGAGGAAAUCCAAAAUGAAAUGCAGAAGAACAUUAAUGAAUAAUUGUAGCAUAUUACACAGAACUCUGAUGAGAUACAAAUGUAAUUAGUUGAGACUGUUCAGGAAUCCAUAUAUACGAAUAAAAAUAUGACCAACGAGGAACUCAAUAAAUCUAAACCCAAUUUAAUCUACAACUUAAUUAAGUCAAUAAAAUAAAUUAAUAGAAGACUGUUAUCAAGAACACCAAAAUUAUAUGAGGGUAUUGAAUGUGAAUCAUCCCUGUUCUUAUUUGAGAAAGACAACCUAUUUCGUAUUGUAUUGACUCACAUUACUACAUCCAUGAUCUAUGUCUACCUAAUGGACAUCGUUACAUAUCUGUCUAUCAUUGCUUUCAUCCUUAAAACCUAUAAUGAUUACGAAACAGAUAGCGAAUCAUAUCCAGACACUCUGUAAUUCUCAUGCAAUAUAAUUCAAUUGGCAGAUACAAUAUUUAAUGUAAUUGCAAAGGGAUUGUUCAUGGACAAAGGAUCCUACUUGGUAUCCACAUUCUAAGUUUUUGAUUUUAUUUAUCAGGUUUCGAAUAUCAUAGCAUUUGGUAGUAACCCUGAAGAUUUCAAACCAAUUCUCAAAAUCCUACUCUAUUUAGGCUAUUUCAGACCGAUGAAAUUGAUGUAUAGAUUGAGUUGGCUAACAAAUUUAAGAGAAGCCAUUGGAAGAUCCUUAUUUGAUAUUUUCAAUGUCUUGAUUACUCUAUUGUCAGUGUGGAUAAUGUUUGGAGUGUAUGGCAUAAUACUGUACGAACAAUAAUUUGGGUAUUGCGAAGAUAAAAUGCUUUUUGAAGUGAAUAAAGAAACCUGUCUAAGCGAAGGUAAAAUCUGGGUGAAUUACAAACAUAAUUUCGAUAACAUUACUAUUGCCAUUCCCACUUUAUAUGUCACAGCCUCUUUGGAUGGAUGGGGGGAAAUCUAUUAAAUUGCAGAGAAUAGUUAAGUAGCUUCAAUAGGUCCUUAAGGAUUUAAUUCAUAUGUGGUUACUUACAUCUUCUUCCUACUUUUUGUGUUCAUAGGUUCGAUGUUCUUCUUGAGUCUUUUCACAGGAGUGCUUUACACAAAUCUCAAGAAAAAUCAGAAGGAAAUUGAAAACACUGAAGUCACACAAUCACAAAAGGAAUUUAAAGAAAUUUCAUCCAUGUUAAUAAAGGACUUUCCAGAAUUCUCAACUCCACCCACUAGUGGAAUAAGAAAGAUAUCUUCUGAUAUUACAAGUAGUGCAACAAUUUAGAAAUGUUUGUUUCUACUUCUGUGGGUCGAUUUCAUUAUCCUAUUGAUGUUCACAUCAGACAUGAGUGAUGAGUACUUUAGAACUAUAAAUGAUUUCCAUAAUGCAUUAAGUGGGAUCUAUCUAGUUUGGGUAAUCCUAUUGUUUUUGGCAUUGGGAAUGAAUAGAUUUUUUGAUAAUUCUUGGAGAAGAUUUUAUUUCUUCUUAAUAGUGAUUGCAGUCAUAGAUUUCAUUGCAGAUUAUUCAGUGGAUUGGAUAAUGAUCUAUUACAAGUCAACUCCUAAUGAUAGUGGGUACUAAUUGCUUCGAUUGUUUUUCUCCUUAAGAAGUCUAAGAAUUAUAUUGAUAUUCUAAGGAUUUAUCAAUUUACAAAGAUUGAUAAAUGUUAUUCUAUUUGCUUUGCCUUAUUUGGGCAAGAUCUUUUCUAUUUUGAUAAUCACUAUGCUAGUAUUUGCUUUAUUUGGUUGUCAGCUAUUUGGUACAAUAGAUAAAGGAUAGGUGUUGGAUGACUAACUUAAUUUUAUGACAGCUGCUAGUGCUAUGAUAACACUCUUCAAAUGUGCAUCAGGUGAUGAUUGGAGGACAGUUAUGACAGACACAAUGCAUUACAACCCAUUAUGUUGGGAAGAUCCUAAAUAUUGUGGAUCAUUUGCUAGUCAAAUCUACUUCUUCUUAUUCAUGUUCUUUUCCACUUAUGUUCUGUUAACACUCUUUUUGUUAAGUUUGGUAGAACAGUUUGAAUCCUUUUUCCAAUUAUAAGACUCACCCAUUCAAUCAUAUGUAGAAAAUAUUGAUAAAAUUAAAACUAUUUGGUGCAAGUACUCCUCUGAAACACAAGGAUAAACCAUGCAUUAUAAAUUCUUAUGCAAAUUCCUAUUAGAUAUUGGCAAACCUCUUGGCGGAGGAGAGGAAGAGAAUCUUUGGGAUGUUGCUAAGAUUGCAUCAUCAUUUAAAUUAAAAUGUGAUCUUCAUGGUUACAUUCAAUACAAUCAAUUGAUUUAUGAAUUGUUCAGAGUGAAAUUCCAUGCUGACGUGUUCAAGGAAGGUAGUCACGAUUCUAUCAAAUAAAUUAAGUAGUUCAACAAAGAAAUGCAAUUACGUUUGAUGUAUUACAGGAAAAACAGACAUAUCGAAAGAUCGAACAUCAGUUCGGCACUUUAAUUAAAAGCUAAUUUCAAUAUUCUCCAUGAUUAUCUUACUGUUUUGAUUCUCUUUAAAACUUGGGAAUCAUAUAGCAGGAUCCUCAUAAGAAAGCUAUCAAACAAAUAGAAUCAAUUUUCAGACGACGCUAUAUCUAGACAUACUGAACUAGAAUAGAAUGAUAAGAACAAUGUAAAUGACCUAAUGGAACCAGAAGUGUUGGAGCCAUCAUGUGAAGAGGCGACUGUCAAUUAUAAUUUUGAUAACAAAAAACAUCAUCACACUAAUGAAAGUUAAAAUUAAUCAAAUAUUGAAUUGCCAAUCUAUCAAGGAGCUUCGCCCUUCUCCAUUCAAGAAGAAGAUGUCAAAAUAAUCCUCUCUGCAGUGGGUGAAAAGUAGCCCAUUUUGUGA